AACAUGAAUCGUAACCCCUUGGAUGGGAACCAUGAGUUUGAUGAGCAGUUGCGAAUGCAAGAAUUGUAUGGAGACUGCGAUGCCGGUGGAAAAACCGAUUCUCUCGGGCAGCAGCCGACGGACACCCCCUACGAGUGGGACCUGGACAAGAAGGCUUGGUUCCCCAAGAUUACUGAAGAUUUCAUUGCUACGUAUCAGGCCAAUUAUGGCUUCUCUAAUGAUGGCGUAUCUAGUUCUACCGCAAAUGUUCAAGAUGUCCAUGCUAGGACUGCAGAGGAACCUACACAAGAAAAAGCACCAGAACCCACUGAUUCCGGAAAGAAGGGAGAAAAAAGAAAGGCUGAGUCAGGAUGGUUUCAUGUUGAAGAAUACAGAAAUACAAAUGUAUACGUGUCUGGUUUGCCUCCAGAUAUUACACUGGAUGAAUUUAUAAAACUUAUGUCUAAGUUUGGCAUUAUUAUGAGAGAUCCUCAGACAGAGGAAUUUAAGAUCAAACUUUACAAAGAUAAUCAAGGAAAUCUUAAAGGAGACGGUCUUUGCUGUUAUUUGAAGAGAGAAUCUGUGGAACUUGCAUUAAAACUUUUGGAUGAAGAUGAAAUUAGAGGCCACAAAUUACAUGUUGAGGUGGCAAAGUUUCAACUGAAGGGAGAAUAUGAUGCCUCAAAGAAGAAGAAGAAGUGCAAAGACUAUAAGAAGAAGCUGUCUAUGCAGCAAAAGCAGCUAGAUUGGAGACCUGAGAGGAGAGCGGGACCAUCCUGGAUGCGCCAUGAGCGAGUUGUCAUCAUCAAGAAUAUGUUUCAUCCUAUGGAUUUUGAGGAUGAUCCGUUGGUGCUGAAUGAGAUCAGAGAAGACCUUCGAGUAGAGUGUUCAAAGUUUGGACAAAUUAGGAAGCUCCUUCUCUUUGAUAGACACCCAGAUGGUGUGGCCUCUGUGUCCUUUCAGGAUCCAGAGGAAGCCGAUUAUUGUAUUCAAACUCUAGAUGGAAGAUGGUUUGGUGGCCGUCAAAUCACUGCCCAGGCAUGGGAUGGGACUACUGAUUAUCAGGUGGAGGAAACCUCAAGAGAAAGGGAGGAAAGGCUGAGAGGGUGGGAGGCUUUCCUCAAUGCUUCUGAGUCCAACAGAGGCCUUAGAUGCUUAGAUUCUGCCUCUGCUUCGGCGAGGGCAGGGCCUUCUGGAGCAUGGCAUUUUUCAGAGCACCCCAGCACAUCUAAAAUGAAUGUGCAAGAAGCUGCAAUUAGAAUGGCGUUUGAAGAACCUAUAGAUGAGAAGAAGUUUGCAAAGACAGAAGACAGGGGAGAAUUUGAAGAAGAUGCUUCUGAAAACAGUGCUAAAGAAGGUGGCCCCAAAAAUGGGGCGGAAGAAGGCUGCCCAGGCUGCCCUGAGAAAGAAUCUGAAGGCGGCUGCCCCCAAAAAGAGCCUGAAGAAGGCAGUCCCAUAAGAGGAUCUGAAGAGGGUAUUCCUAAAAAAGAGUCAAAAAAGAAGACACUCAAAAAUGAUUGGGAAGAGAAUGGCCUUGGACAAGAAACUGAAGGUGACCCCAACAAGGAGUCUGAAGAGGAGACUGGACCCAAAAAUGAGUCUGAAGAAGAUGACUCAGAAGAGUCUGAUGAAGACUGCUCUGAAAAACAGUCUGAAGAUGGCUCUGAAAGAGAAUUUGAAGAAAGUGGUCUCAAGAAAGAUUUGGAUGAGGAUGGCUCUGCAAAGGAGCUUCCUGCAAAUGUUCUUGAUAAAGAGUUAGAAGAAAAUGACUCUGAAAACUCCGAAUUUGAAGACGAUGGCUCUGAAAAAGUGUUAGAUGAGGAAGGCUCUGAGAGAGAGUUUGAUGAAGAGUCCAAUGAAAAGGAAGAAGAGGAGGAUACAUAUGAAAAAGUAUUUGAUGAUGAGUCCAAUGAGAAAGAGGAUGAAGAACAUGCAGAUGAAAAGGGGCUUGAAGCUGCUGAUAAAAAGGAGGAAGAAGGUGAUGUGGAUGAAAAGCUGUUUGAAGAGUCAGACAAGGAAGAUGAAGAUGCAGAUGGAAAGGAAGAUGAAGAUGCUGAUGUAAAGUUGUUCGAAGAUGAUGAUUCCAAUGAGAAGUUGUUUGAUGAGGAAGAUUCCAAUGAGAAGUUGUUUGAUGAUUCUGAUGAGAGGGGGACUUUGGGUGGUUUCGGGAGUGUUGAAGAAGGGCGCCUAUCCACUGGCAGCAGCUUUAUUCUCAGUAGUGAUAAUGAUAUUUAA